AUGUUUUUAUUUCAUGUAUAUGCUCAAGAAAAUGUUAACUUAUCUACCUUAGCUGUAAUGAUACUCAAACGUCGAGAAAGAGAGAAGAAAACAACAAAUUUGAGAAAGAAAAUAAACAAAAAAUUACAAGGGAUACUCAGAAAAACUACUUGUUUCUCACGCAUACUUUUUGCUUUGUGUUUGAAAAAAGCUUUGAAAGCUCAAGAAGCAUCAGCAAAUAUUUGA